AUGAAUUUAACAGAAGAGAAACCAGAUCCCAUCGAAGAUUAUUACGUAGUUUGUUCAUUGUCUGCAUUAUUUGCUUUUACUACUGUAGCAAUGUCUAUUAUAAUAUUAAUAUUUGUGCAAAGAACAAAACCUCGUCUUCAUACAAUCAGACAUUUACUCAUGUGUAAUACAUGUAUUGCAUCAAUUCUUUAUUGUAUUGUACAAACAAAUAAUUAUAUUUUUCUUAUCUUCUUUCCUUCGGUAACAAGUGAUAUCUCUUGUCGAUGGCGUGGCUAUUUUGCAUAUCUCACCAUUUCUGCAAUCACUUAUUCAUUUCUUAUUCAAGCAAUAUCACGUCUUUUUAUUGUUGUUUUUUCAACAAAAUAUAAAUGUCUAAUUACAUUCAAAACACAUCAUAUUCUUAUAGUUAUUCAAUGGUUUACUGUUAUAAUUGUCCCACUACCGGCAAUAUUAACAAAAGAUAUUUAUUAUCGUCCUAAUAAACUGUGUUGGGUACCCAUGAAAAGUGUAAUUCAUGUUGCCUAUGGAUAUAUUGCUUAUUAUACAAUACCAGCAUUAUCUGUUUGUAUGAUCUAUAUUUUACUUUAUUGGCAAGUUAAACGAGCGAAAAACAACGCUAGACCUUUAUUGAGAUUAAUCCAUGGGGAGAAGCGUGAUCUCGAACUUCUUCGUAAUAUAGUAAUACUCUUGAGUAUUUAUUUCAUGGGUGGAAUUCCAACUCUAUUAUUUCUGAUCAGUUCUAAGAGAACACUGUAUUUAAUGGGUAUUGUUACAAUAUCCUUAGCUGUAGCUGUUGAAAAACUAUGUACAAUUCUGCUAGAUCAAGAACUUCGACAAGUUAUAAAAAUAUUAUUAACUAGAAUGAGACGCAUUGCACCUGUUGACAAUAUAAAUACAACAGUAAGAUAUCAAGUGAAUCAAACAAACAUUCGACGAACUUUCGUACAAAUUUUACCGAAAACCCAAGAUACAUCACUUUAG